AUGCCUGGACGAACUUUGCCCACUUUUACCUCCGCCGAAGUCAAAUCACACAAUACGGUGAAGUCAUGCUGGGUGACACGGGGCUCAAAAGUGUAUGAUGUGACCUCGUUCGUUGGCGACCACCCUGGCGGUGGAGAUUUGAUUCUGGAAUACGCAGGAAAAGACAUCUCUCAGAUUCUGGAGGACGUUGUAUCCCACAAACACAGCGAGGCAGCGUAUGAAAUACUGGACGAAUGUCAUAUCGGAUUUGCGGCAUCAUCGGAUUCAACGUCGAAAUCAGCGCUGAAUGGGGCUGUGAAUGGACAUGUGAACGAGCACGUAACCCAGGGCGAUGGGCGACCUGUUUACGCCACGACGGGAUUGUCCAGCGAAGAGGAUCUUUCUGUUGAUACCGACCCGAUGGCUGAUUAUAAAGUGCACAAAUUCCUGGAUCUAAAUAGGCCGUUAUUUGGCCAGCUAUGGUUCGGCGGGUUUUCAAAGGAGUUUUACCUCGAACAGGUACAUCGUCCGCGGCACUACAAGGGCGGCGCGUCGGCGCCCCUAUUUGGCAAUUUUCUCGAACCUUUGACCAAAACCGCGUGGUAUCUUCCAGAUAACCGGGUUGGCCUAAGCCUUCAUUUUCUCCUACAUGGAAUCCAUCAUUAUUUGCCUAUGGACAGAUACCGCCUCGUUAUGCCCCCGACGCUGUUCCUUAUCCUAGCCGCGCCCUUUUACAAGCUUGCGCAUCUCGUUUUCUUCUACAACUGGUAUGCGGCUGUGACCGUGUAUGCAGGAGGGGUAUUUGGAUACGUGUGCUAUGAUUUAACACAUUACUUCCUUCAUCAUCGCAACCUACCUUCCUAUUACCGCGCACUGAAGAAAUACCACCUUCAGCACCAUUUCGCUGACUAUGAAAAUGGGUUUGGUGUCACCAGCCGUUUCUGGGACAAGGUGUUUGGAACAGAGCUAGCACCCCUCCAGCCCCCCAAGUCUGACUAG